UGUGAAUUGAGAGCAAAUAUUGAAGUUGUUAUUUAUAAAAUGUUCAGUACGUUAUAUAUUUUUAAAAAAAAUAUUUGUUUAUACGGCAGGUUUGUCGAUAAAAUUUUAUGUGUAGUAGAUACCGGAACUAUUCGUCGUACCUAUGAUUCAUCGGUUGUUUACCCUCAACGUUUUUUUAAAUAUAACAUAAUAUUUAAUCAAUCUCAGUUUAUUACUUUUUUUUAAAUCUAUUUACCCUGCCAUUUAUUAAGCAUUGCAUUUUCUAUUCAAUUUUUAAAGCAGUGCAAUCGUUAAGUUUACAUAUAAUGCCAUUUACAACACAGUUUUCUAGUUUUUUGUUGUUGUUUUGUUUAACAGAAUGAGUAAUUUCACUACUAUGGUAGAGUUGGGAAAAGAUACAGAGAAGUGUGACAAAUCUGUAAAAUGUUUCACUAUGGAUGAAGCAUUUCUCAAUGACUUAUUAGAAUGCUCAGUAUGCUUAGAACAGUUAGAUAGUAGCAGUAAAGUCCUUCCAUGUCAGCACACUUUUUGUAAGAGAUGUUUGCAUGAAAUUUUAAACUCUCACAAAGAACUGAGAUGUCCUGAGUGCAGGAUAUUAGUGGAUGUCAAGAUUGAAGAAUUGCCGUGCAAUAUACUAUUAGUGCGUCUUUUAGAAGGUCUAAAAAAUAAUGUUCGGCCUAAGAGAGUGGGUAGCAGCACUGAUGUUGCUUUACGGAGUGCUGAAUCGAGUUCGGGACAGCAAACUACUCCACCUCAUCCUCAGCUACCUCAACCUCUUGGUAGCUUACAGCGGUCCCCGAGUGUUACAGAUUUACGGAUGGUGCCAAAACAGGUUUUACAAGCCUGUCCUUGUGCUAAAGCUCUUUAUCCAUAUGAAGCCAAAGUACCAGGUGAUCUCACCUUCAAAAAAGGAGAUGUCAUUAUUUUGAGAAAAAGAGUUGACCAAAACUGGUUUUAUGGUGAACUUGGUGGAAAAUCUGGCUUUGUGCCAGCUAGUUUUGUGCAAGUUGUUGUACCUAUACCUUCUCAUGUGCCACAGUGCAAAGCUUUGUAUGACUUCCAAAUAAGUAGCAGUGAAGAAAAGGAUUGUUUAACUUUUGUAAAGGGUGAUAUAUUGAAUGUUAUUAGACGAAUAGAUGAUCACUGGGCUGAAGGAAAAUUGCGUGAUAGAAUUGGAAUUUUCCCCAUAUCUUUCGUUGAGAUGAAUGCUGCUGCUAGAGCUGUGAUGAAAUUAUCUGCAAAUGCUCAGUCUUCAAGAAUUCUUCCUCCAGUGGCUCCAUCUACUGAUUCUCAUUUUGUCACUGCCACAACAAGUGUUGAAAAUGCUGCUCAAAGUCCUCAGUAUCAAGAUUCAAGCAGUACUGGAAACAUGUCUCAGCCUGUUUCAUCUGGAAUCAGUCCUCCAUUUUCAUCUACUGCCUUUACAUCUCCCAUUCAUAGUUCUUCUCAUACAAUUCAUCAAAAUGUAAGCAUGGCUGGCUAUCCUGGAUCUUCAUAUGAUGGCCAACACCAUGCAAGUACAUCAUCACAUCAUCGUCAACCACAAUCAUCAUCAGUUAAAGCCUCUUCAGAUGAACAUCAUGUAUCAAAUGAUGGCUCUCAUGAAAAUUCUGCUGUUUCUAAAUCUAGGUCAACACCUAGUCCCAGUACGGCUUUCUCAUCUGUCGCAUCAGUGACACCUCCUUUGCGAGCUGAAUCAAUAGCUGGUGCUCAGACACCGACUCAAGGAAAUACAGAUGAAGCUCAGGGAGUUUCCACUUCUCUUUCUUGUUCGUCUGAAUCUUCUAAAAAUAGUCAUACACCUGCACGAUCCACAGGUGCUUCUCAGCCACCUACGCAUGUUCCUGUUCCAACUUUCUAUUUGGCUCUUUACACGUACAGACCUUUGAAGGAGGAUGAGUUGGAAUUGAGAAAAGGUGAAUUAUAUACUGUAAGUGAAAAGUGCCAAGACGGUUGGUUUAAAGGAACAUCACUAAGAACAGGUCUAAGUGGAGUAUUUCCCGGAAAUUAUGUUCAAAUUGCAAAGUCUGCUGUGCUACAGCCACACAUUGGCGUAUCAAUAGCUGGGCGUACAUCUCCGGCAUCAUCUACUUCUCCUCCGCCAGCUGGAACGACGCCUUUGCAAAGAACAACUUUUUCAGGAUUGACCACUGAAAAUCCUCACCUGUUUCAUCCAAUUUCCACUCAAGGCGUCAUUUACACCAACAGUCCCAUAACACUGUGCAGUAGAGUGCCUGCUACAUCUACUUCUCCUGUUUCACCUGCUCAUCCUGCUGUGUUAGAGUGGGCUCAUAGUAUAGCUGUAGCAGCUCCACUUCAGAGGUUGUCACGACCUGUCAGCUCUGUUGCAUCAUUUUCCCCUGCUUUGUAUAAAUCAGAGAUUGGACCAAAACAAAACGGAUUUCCAUGUGGCCAGCCUCGUUCAUUGGCCAUGGCUCCGUGGACUUCUCUAUGUGCAAUAGAUAUUAAUUCAUCGCCAUCAUCUUCACAGAUAGUCACUGAUUUCCCAGUGAGAACAACCAGUGCUUCUCCAACAAGAAUGCUGUCUUACCAAGCAUCACCCAAUACUUCUCUCAACCAGAAUAUGGUAUCAAGCAAUACAACAUCAGAGGGCUUGUCACAGGCAAGGUACAGCACUUCACAGCCCUCUACUCCUCUUAUGAUGCCCCACUCAGCUCCACCUAAUACCAAUCCUUUCGUAACUCCUGAUCGAGUUAGUUGUUCCACGCCUGUGACAGCUGGAGCAGCAUGCCCACAAGCUUCUCAAGCAACGGCCUCACAAAACAGAGUUGAGAAGCACAAGGAGAAGAAAGAAAAGGAAAUUGUUAGUUUAAUGAAACGAUUAACUAAACGAAAAUCUAAAUCACCACCUCCAUCUGAUUAUUCUUGUGAUAAUCCCUCAUUUGUGGAUGGAACAUCAUCAUCACAGCAAUCAUUAUCUGCUGUGCAUGUCAGUGAGUUAUUUGAAUGUAGAUCAACAUCUUGUCCCAGUGAAGCUUUGGGUAGUCAAAAUGCGAACCAUAAAAAAACUGGAUCUCUUGAUGGUUCCAAUGGUGAAGUUCCAAAAUCAUCAUCACGACCUAAGCAGCCGGCGCCGUUGGUGCGGGAAAGAUUUCGCUGUAUUGUGCCUUAUCCUCCGAACAGUGACUAUGAACUAGAAUUGAAGGUCGGUGAUAUAGUUUAUGUUCAUAAAAAACGUGAAGAUGGUUGGUACAAGGGAACAUUGCAAAGAACUGGAAAAACUGGACUUUUCCCCUCUAGUUUUGUAGAAGGAUUUUGAAGAAAGUCAGGCAUAGGCAUAACAUUUGAAGUCUCAAGAACAUGCACAUUUCUGCCGAAAGGUGACCGUUGCCUUAUUACGUUUGGGUUUUAGAAAACAGUCUGAAUCUCAAGUGAUAUUGGUGUUAAACAAGUCUUAUUUAGCUGCUUAUUAUACUGCCUUUUGUUUUGCAAUAACAAAAUAACAGUGGAACUUGUGAUUAACAAUCCCAUUUUAUGCAAAGUAUAAAGUGUGAUGCCAAAUAUUAAUCUAUUCUUUCAUUUUUAUUUUCUUUUGUUUUGAUACUGUUUAUAUGUACAAUUUGACCAAAUUUUGUUAGUAUUAUAGUAACUAUUUUUUUAAUUUAGGUAUGCUAUUUAUAAUUUAAUUGUUUGUUGGUUUAUUUAUUAGUGGUAUGAAUAACAAUAGAACUCUUCAUUUCUUAGUUUGCCAUAAAUUAACCAGUACCAUCAAUACAAAAAGUGCAACUUUAACCUUUUUUAAAAAAUGUGUAGGGGUGCCAAUUUAUACUCGUUUAAAUUUAUCAAGAACUAAUAGUCUUUAAUAAAUAUAUAUAUAUUAUUUAAAAAACACACAAUAACGUAAUAUUUUAUAACUAAACAAAAUCAUAUGCAGCUACUUAAAUGAAUAAAUUUACAUCUGUUUCAUGUUGUUGGUGUUUUAAUGUAUCAGCAUGCACUCAUAUUUUAAAAUACACCUAAAAUAACUUAUUAUUUGCUAUUUUACACCCACACUAUUUAAACUUUAUAUUUAAUUUGAAAGGCUUAUAUACUACUGCCUUAUUACUAUUUUCUAUAAUUUUUGUUUUAUGCUAACUGUACAAUAAUGUGUAUUUAAUUUUUCACAAACUUAAUCACAUCUUUUAUUGUAUUUGUAUAAAUAAUCCUGUUAUUAGAUUGCUUAAGGUCUGUAUUGAUACAAAUGUUUCAAAAGGAAAAAAUCCAGUUAUGGAUGAUAUAAAAAAUUAUUGUAUUUCAAGGAAAUAAUGGAAAAUUAGUUAAGUUCACAAUGCAUAAGUACAUAUAAUAUUUAAUCCAAACAGUCUCAUACUUAUUAAACUUAAGUAAUAUCUUUAAGUACAAAAAUUGUAUUUACUUCAGGGCAUGCAUUUUAGACUGGCACCCCUAUUUCCAUAAAAGAUUUUCUUGCAUUUAAUUUUUUACUGGAAACCUACUGUUAUUCCCAUUUUUUUUUUUUUUUUUUUAAAGGAGGCUGUAUUGAUAAGAAAUGUUAUUUUCUGUUUAUUUAUAGAAAUGUUUGCAUCUGUUAUCUUAAUUUUUUAUUUCAUUUUGUACAUUUGUGAAGAAUUAUUAUUAUAUACUUCAAAGUUAAUGCUAAUGUGUAUAAAAAUUGUAUCAUAAUUAUUUGUUGCUUGUUUAAAUUAUUUAUUAGUGUAGUUUAACAAACAUACAAACUUAGUUAUUUCUUUUCCUUGUUAAAAACUUCUUUGAAAAAUUUAAAUUGUGUUUUCAAGCACAAUUAAAAAUAAUAAAAUUUUUAUAUAUAUANUAUAUAUAUAUAAUGAGCUUAAGUGUAAACUCAAAGACUUAAAUUUGACUGUCUUUUUAAGAAGUGGUAAAUGAUAUUGGAACAUUAAAGGAAAAAAAAAUUUUUUUUUUGAUGCAGUAAUAUUCACCAGAGAAAAUGUGUAGAUCUAUACAUUAUUUUUAUUUUAUUUUUUUAACCAUGGGAUCAACAUUUAAAAAGUCUAAACUCAACAUUGCAUUUAAAACCUUGUAUCCUAAAUAAAAACGGGUUAGGUUUUAUUUAAUAAUUUUAAAAAUAAAUUCAACAUUAAUUUUGUUUAUUUCUUAACACAAAACAAUAGAACUCUUUGUUUCUCUGUUUGCUUUAAAUUAAUGAAUACCUUUUACCAGUACCAUCAAUAUAAAAAUUGUAACAAGUAAAUUGCAACACACUAUCUGAACUCACUUAAUGCUUGAAAAUUAUUCAAUGUCAGUUACAUAUUUUUUUGAAAAUAUUGCAUUUGCCUAUGUAUGUGCUACUUUCAUUUUCAUUUAUUUUUAAACUAUAAAAUGUUUAAUUUCUUUUGUUAAAUUUUUGUAGGCAUAUUAUUUUUGAUGAAAAGUCUUAAAAUACUAUUAAGGGACAGCUGGAUGAUGUUUUAAGAUAAAACAUUAAACACAACUUUAGAAUAAGUUCUCUAUUUUUAAAGAUGUGAUUUGCAUAGUUGGAGUGUUAUUGAAAUUGUGUAGUAAAUAUCAGUGAGGGUCAAAAGUCAGCAUGAUAAGAUGAAUGUUUAGUUUUUCUAGAUUUAUAUUGCUACUAUGCAUUAUUUUCUACAUCUUGUGCACGUAGCCUAAUUCAUUAUCAUUUUAAAGAUUACAUUUCAUUGGUAAAUUUUAAAUUUAUGCAUUGAUAAAAAAAAAAUGUUUGCUCACAGCAGAAUUAGUUUAUGUAAUUAGAAAAGUGAAAUUAUUAAAUUUUUGCAUUCUGUGGUA